GUGGAAUUUGAAUGUAUUCAUCCUGAGAAAAAACGAAAGAAAAAGAGCUACAAAAACUCUGGCAUUAUUAGGAUAAAAUCUUGCAAGAUUGAGACAGCCUAUUCAUUUCUGGACUACGUCAUGGGAGGCUGCCAGAUUAACUUUACAGUGGGUGUAGACUUCACUGGCUCCAAUGGAGAUCCCAGGUCACCAGAUUCUCUUCACUACAUCAGCCCAGAUGGGAUAAAUGAGUACCUGAUUGCCAUCUGGAGUGUGGGAAGUGUAGUCCAGGAUUAUGACACGGACAAGCUGUUUCCUGCAUUUGGGUUUGGAGCUCAGGUUCCUCCUAGCUGGCAGGUAUCUCAUGAGUUUGCUUUGAACUUCAACCCCACCAACCCUUAUUGUCAAGGGAUCCAAGGAAUAGUGGAUGCCUACCGCCAGAUCCUGCCUCAGAUCCGACUCUAUGGACCAACCAAUUUCUCUCCUAUUAUAAACCACGUGGCAAGGUUUGCAGCCCACUCAGCGCAACAAGGAACUGCUUCACAAUAUUUUAUCUUGCUGAUCAUCACAGAUGGAGAGAUCACUGAUCUGGACCAAACUAGGCAAGCGAUUGUUAACGCCUCUAAGCUGCCGAUGUCCAUCAUUAUUGUUGGUGUUGGUGCAGCUGAUUUCAAAGCGAUGGAGUUCCUUGACGGAGACAACGGUGUGCUGAAGUCCCCGACGGGAGAGCCAGCUGCACGAGACAUUGUCCAGUUUGUGCCUUUCCAACAGUUCAAAAAUGCUCCCCGGGAAGCGCUUUCCCAGAUGGUUCUGGCUGAAGUGCCUAAGCAGCUGGUAUCGUACUAUAAAUGGCAGGGAUGGCCACCUGUGAAACCGCCAGAAAUAAAGAAGAUGUAGGAUGCAGCCUGACCCUGGCCACUGUAUCGCUGGGCUGGGGAGAUCUGUCUGCACCCAUGCUCUCCCUUGCACACUGUGGGCGCUCAGUGCCUCGAGAGUGUACCAUUCAUACUAAUCCUCUUACCUGUUUGUGCUCUGUAGCUUUGAUCUUUUCUGUUCCUAACUGGAAGAGAUGUAAAUACAGGAAAAAACACAACUGCUGGCA